AAAAAGUGCAAGUGGGUGGGGCUACAACCCCGUGUCACUCCCAUGCGAAAACCCGAUUGGUCGCCGAGGUCAACAGCGGAAGUGGUGUCGUUUGGCACGUCGACUUCCUAUUUCCCCCCCAAACUGACACGCAUUCACCGGUCAGCUUGGCACUUUGUACUUGUCCCCACCCCGGCAGGUUCACGUCUGCGGCAGCUGGCGCUGGUUUAUGAUCGGCUCUGUGCUCGGUAACGUGUCUCACAGGCUGCACAGCUUGUUGUACCGGGUGUCGCUGAUGAUGAAGCCCCAGGUAGUGUUCGUGCUCGGCGGGCCCGGAGCCGGUAAAGGGACCCAAUGCUCCAAAAUCGUGGAGAAUUACAGCUACACCCAUUUGUCAGCUGGUGAUUUGCUGAGGGCGGAGCGGGCCCGGGAGGGGUCAGAGUUUGGGCAGCUCAUUGACAACUACAUCAAGCAGGGCAGGAUUGUCCCUGUGGCGAUCACCAUCAACUUGCUCAGGAAGGCAAUGGAAGAGACCAUGCAGAAAGACGAUAAAAAGUUUCGUUUCCUCAUAGAUGGUUUCCCUAGAAACGAGGACAACCUGACGGGGUGGAACACCGUCAUGGUCGACAAAGCAGAUGUCAAAUUUGUGCUUUUCUUUGACUGCAGUAACGAGGUUUGCAUCGACCGAUGUCUUGAAAGAGGGAAGAGCAGUGGACGCACUGACGACAACAGAGAAAGCUUGGAGAAAAGAAUCCAAACCUACCUGCAGUCUACGCGACCAAUCAUUGAACUGUAUGAGAAACACGGCAAGGUGCGCACUGUGGACGCCUCUCGCUCUGUCGACAAGGUGUUUGCUGAUGUGAAAGCGGUCCUAGACAAAGAGGGUUGAGUUUCCACGCCUGCCAACAACAUUCACUUAUCUACUUUAGUAGUUUUCUUUGUAUCAACUACUAGUGCACCAUAAUACUUUCUGUUCAUAUUACUUUAUUUCCUUUCGGUUACAUAAUUUUGAUAAGUUUCCAUCGGUUUGUAAAAUGCUGCACUGUUUGUGUGUGUGUGUGUGUGUGUGUGUGUGUGUGUGUGUGUGUGUGGUGUGUGUGUGUGUGUGUGUGUGUGUGUGUGUGUGUGUGUGUGUGUGUGUGUGUGUGUGUGUGUGUGUGUGUGUGUGUGUGAUAUGUAUUGGUAUGAUUGAGAAGUAGAGUUGCCAAGCAGCUCCUGGGGAUCAAUUAGUUCAUGCUCAGAAGGGAUUGUCAUAGUUGGAGGUCUUUGCAUAGGCACAAAGUGUAUGAUUAGCUUAGGUAGACCCUUAAAUUGUCACUUAAAGAUGCAUCUAGUAUAAUAAUUUUACAAGUAUCAUGCCAUUGGAAGCAGCUAUAAUGCUUCAUACAACAUAGUUUGACUUACUGCGAUGGAUUUAGCACUGACAGAAUAUCCAAUAGCCUCCAAAUAAAAUAAAUGAAACAUCUGUAUCAUGUUCAAUGUGAAGUACUGCAGGAGCAGGUGCUUUUUUGGGGUAGUUAUUAUGUUUGUGUUGUAGAUGACCCGUUCUUCAAUGAAUAUUUACUUCAAAGCCAUGACACAUGGGACAAAUCAUAGAGAAAACAUGAAGAUACAAAUCCUAAUUUUCUUAAAUCUGUGCUGUACCUGCUGGAAGGAAAAGUAAAAAUGAUUACUUUUA